CACACACGAGCGCAGUAUAGCUCCGGUUUACUGCUCUGUCUCCCUCACUGUCUGCCUCACCUUGUCAGAGAACACAUCGCUGCCUGGAUUACAGCAGGGCUUUUUUGUACCGAAGGGAUACAGCGCAGAGACAACGCGGAUAAGAAGAGAGCUCAGACGAACCCUCCCAGCGCACACAGGGUCACCAUGGGGAGCAGCAUGUCGUGCGUUCCUCACCACAACUUCAGGUUCUCCAGCAAGAGCUUCAUCCGGCGGAACAGCAACCGCUUGUUCCGUAAGAAGAACCCACAGGAGGGCCAGGUGAAGUCCAACAGCAUCAUAAACAUCCUCUGCACCGUCACGCCCAGGAAGGAAAUGUCACAGAAGGAUCUCAAAACGAUAGAGAACAUAAAAUGGAACCCGCCGUUUGCCUACGACCCCUCUGGCGGCUGGAAGAAGAGCAGCGUCAACGUGAAGAACUACGGCAGGAUGAUCCACAGCUCCAAAGUGCGCUUCCGUUUCCUGCACUGCCAGGACAUACACGACUGCUUCUUGGACCUCUUCCAGACACACCUUCAUUUCGUCUCCAACAACCCAGCUGGGCUGACCUACCAGGGCACGCUUCCACUGAAGGAACUGACAAUUUGCAAACUCCCCAGCAGCGGCGGCACCGGGGAGCCCAACGACUUUGCAUUCCAAGUUAACGGCGUCAGCUUGAACCCCAUCAUCGUGUACUGCGCAGACCAGGAGGAGCUGGACGCCUGGUUCGGCCUCCUGAAGGAGCACGUCGAAGCCAACGGCGGCGUCAUCGCCUCGGACGAAACGAACGUGUACGCUAGGCUCAAGCACACAGAUGACAGCAGCAAGGGUGGAGAGGAGCUGAGGAAUUCGGUGAUGAACGAGCAUAUUUAUGAAUGGGAGGGGUCUCAGAGGGACUCCCUGGGGCCCGUCACCUACGUCAGCAAAGUCAGGCUGCAGCACCUGCCGUGCAAGGAACAGUACAGCAGGCUACUGGUGAUGUACCCAUCCACACUCAUCAUCCUUUCUGAGGAGAGCGAUGGGCUCUUCUACAAGGGGAAGCUUCCUCUAGACACCGUCAGUGUGACCCUGCCUUGCCACAAUGUGAAACCCAACACGUUCGUGAUUGAAGGGAAAAUGAUACACCCCAUCAUGGUGACCUGCCUGGAGGAGAACGACUUCCAUGAGUGGAUUCGCCAUUUCCAGGACACGCCAGCGGCAGUGCACAUCCCCCCUCCUCCGGUCUAUGACAUAAUCUACACACCGACACAGACAGAGGCUCCGGCGCUUGACAGAUGGAGUGGACAGAGCGGCCAGGAGCUGAGCAACUCCCUGAAUACGAGGGCGUCCAACGGGCUCCCGUUCCUCAACCAUGUGGACGACCUGCUGUCUCCCGGUUACACCGAGCCGCUCUGCUACAUCUCCAGCCGGCCAACCUCCGGCGAGACGGAACUGUCUGCGCACGCGAGCAGCCGGAGCAGCAGCGUGUCCUCCCGCCUGCGGCCCGUCCCCGAGCUCCGCCCCCCCUCCUCGCUGUGCUACUCCUCCCCCCAGCACAGCUUGGACCGGCCGGACAAUGUACCGCCAUCGCCCGUCUACAACAUGCCCUACACCUCCAUGCAUCAGGGCGCCCCUGUUCGGCAGGUGGAGAAGGCCCCCUUGGUCAAGUCAAACAGCUGGAGCACUACCCAAACCAGUUACCAGCACUCGGCCCCCCAGAGGCACUCGGUCAUGUGCGGCCCCCGGAAGCCGCUGUCCCCCCUCUACGAUGACCCCUGCACCCCCGGGGGGUACCUCUUUGAGGACAACUAUGCGAGGCCACCGCAGGUGUCGAGACAGUUCUGGGAGAGGUCGGCACUCCAUCAGGGCCCCCAGAUUGUGCCCCCACCCUUCCGGCUGCAAAGCCCUCCCUUGGGCAAGAAGUACAGGAACACCCAGCCCCUAAAACAGGAAGUGCAAAACGCUCACAGGGGUGUCGAUCCUAGGACUGAAGACUUCUCAAAACUGAAGCUGCUGUCCACCCCCACAGCCAUGCCCAAACACAGCAUCACCGCACAGGCGACCUUCCCCGCACAAUGCCAGCGGAUGUCCACGGAUUAUUCGCAAGACAAAUUUACUGACCUGGAACACAAGGAAUCGGCCAUUCUGGAGGAAGACUAUGACAACGUCUGGGACUUCAACUGCAAUUCUGGGAUGUUUGCAGGAUCUGGGAUUUUAGCACACCAAACGCAGGCAAACCAGGGCAGGAGUGAUGUCACUCAUAUGAUGUCACGACAGAGAUGGUCGUAAGAAGACAACUGCGCAGGGGGCUUUUGUGCCAGUUUCACAUUUCAUAUAUAACUGCCACUUUAUAACAUUGGACUUCUGGGCUUCUGAGUGCCAGACAGUAAAGACUCUCACCAGGAGUGCAGGCCAUAUUAUCUACUGGCACACAGGUGAGAAUACCAGUGCUGCAGUAUUCCUGGUGUGCAAGCGCUGGGAAACUCAGGAGGCAAUGCAAGUAAGGAAAAAAGAAAGAAAAAAAAAGGGGGGGGGCGGAAUUGUUUUACAAAAGGAAUAAAUCUGGAUUAUAAUUCGUCUGAUGUAAAAUAUCUUGCAGGAAGUCGCACAAGGAGUGUCUCCACAUUGCUAUGGGCUGCGUGCCGCAUUGUGGUCCACUCCCAGAUGAGUCAAGUGGCCAAACCAAAUUCUUUUUUUUUGUUGUAACUUUGACCCCAUCCUUCCCGAGCACACAGUGACUGCAUUCCAGAGCACUUCCUCGUGUCCUCUACCGCCGCACGAACAGCAAUAAAAACGUCAACUUCGAUUUCAAGACUGAAGGGUACCCCUCAUAGCAAAAUGUUACAAUGUGCCAGUAGUCAAAAAGCAACUGGUCGAAAGAAGUACUUGUCUAGAUUUAGGCACAAUAUUUCAGGCAAAUACACUAAAAUGCCUCCUUCAGUACUGCACUCAACACUCUCCAGGACCUGAAUUUGGAACUCAAAGACAACUUGAAGAUAACAGGUCUAUCACAUUAAGUGUAGUGUUACAUUACAUUGUGCAAUAUGUAAAUAGUUUAUUUUAGAGUGCUUUUAGCUUUUUAAAUGUCUUAUUUUUUCCUGUUUAGUUUUUAGUCAUCAAAACUGUGGUUACAUUGAUUCACUUUUUUAUUUAUUGAGAAACAGACUGAGAAAAACAACGUAGCAUGAAAUUAUCUUGCCUGUGUAUUUUAGUGAUCUUUUGAUUGUGGUUAUGCUGUUAUAUUUAAGAGGCUUUUUCAUGUUUUCUUCUGUAGAACUCAAUGCUUUCAGAAGUAUAAUUUAAGUUAUUUAAAGAGAAAUCUUCUUGAGAGACUGCUGAACAUAUCUGUUGCUCCUCUGUUUGUGUCUGUAUUUAAUCUGAAAAUAAACAGAAUUACACUGCA